CUGCUUUGUUCUUCUCCAUUUCCCAAUCACCCACUCUGUUGCCGUGUUUUGUUACGCGGCCACAGCCACGGGUGUUCAUUAGUUGGAGAAAGAAAACCAAUUUACAGUGGCAUCAAGACCCUACCUCUUUAGCUCUUCUUCACAAAUCUCCAGCCAUCUUCAUCAUCAUCUCCAUUAAAACUUCGAAACCCUCUAAGAAAAGAAAAAGAACGAAAGAAAAAAGAACCUUCAAUGUCUGAAACUUGAAAAAAAAAAAUCAACAAUGAGAGCCAAAAACUUAAUGGGGUGGCAAGCCUUGUUUAUUGUCGUGCUUGUAUCAGUCACAUAUCAUUUCACCUUAACUGAAGGGCAGGAUUAUGAUUUUGAUGCUGAUAAGAAAAAAGCCGCAGCUCCACCGCCCGAAGAAAACAAUUGUAAUGGGAUUUUUCUAUCAUAUGUUUUCAUUUCAAGAGAGAAAGAAUUUCCUCAUCUCAAGAAUGCGACGGCACAAGCUUGGGCAUUUAAAUCUGUUGCGACAAUAUUGAAUGCAGGAGAGAAAGAUCUCAAGGCGUGGAAAAUGUACAUAGGGUUUCAACAUAAAGAGAUUCUAGUUUCAGCGGGUGGAGCAGUGAUAAUGGAUGGUGAUGAUUUACCAGCUUUUGUUGGGAAUGGGACGUACUUAUCUGGUUAUCCUCAGGCAGACUUAAAAACAGCGAUUGAAACAGCAGGAGAUUUAACCCAAAUUCAGGCAGAGAUUCAACUGGAAGGAACACAGUUUGGAUUGAAACCUCCAGCUGUGCCAAUGCCUAAAACAAUUCGGUUAGUUAACGAUGGAUUUAAGUGUCCUGCAGCAACCCGCAAAGGAAGCUCAAUGUAUGUAUGUUGUGUUACGGACCCGAAAUUUAAAGCCAACAUCACAAAAACAAAGUACAUGCCUCGUCAGAACGGCGAUCUUACAAUAGUUUAUGAUGUUCUUCAAGCCUUUGAAGGGAAUUAUCUUGCUCAAGUUACAAUGGAUAACAAUCACCCACUUGGAAGACUUGAUCAUUGGAACUUAACCUGGGAAUGGAUGAAUGGUGAAUUCAUAUACUCAAUGAGAGGAGCCUAUACCCAUAAAAGAGACUACUCGGAAUGUAUUUACGGUCCUGCUGGAAAAUACUACAAAGAUAUGGAUUUCACUCCUGUUAUGAACUGUGAGAAGAAACCUGUCAUAGCCGACCUCCCUCCGGAUAGAAAAGACGACGAGAAAGUUGGGAAAUUACCUUACUGUUGCAAAAAUGGCACUCUGGUACCAACCACCAUGGAUCCAAGCAAAGCAAGAGCAAUAUUCCAGUUACAAGUUUUUAAGACACCACCUAACAUGAACCGCACUGCAUUUUUCCCUCCUCAAAAAUGGAAAAUCAAUGGUGUCCUUAAUCCAGAUUAUAAAUGUGCACCUCCAAUUAGGGUAAUGCCAACAGAAUUUCCAGAUACGACUGGUCUUGCUGCAUAUUCUACAGCGGUAGCCAGUUGGCAAGUUGUCUGCAACAUUACCCGGCCAAAGGAAAAAGCUUCAAGGUGUUGUGUUUCUUUCUCGGCCUUCUAUAAUGACUCUGUCAUUCCAUGCAAUACUUGUGCUUGUGGUUGUAAAGAUACAGAUACUUGCAAUCAGAAUGCUUCUCCAUUGCUUCUUCCUCCAGAGGCUCUUCUUGUUCCUUUCAUUAACCGAGAAGAAAAAGCAAAAGCGUGGGCAAAGAUGAAGCACCGCACUUUACCCAAAGUGUUACCUUGUGGCGACAACUGUGGUGUUAGCAUGAACUGGCACAUAAACUCUGAUUAUAGAAAAGGAUGGACGGCUAGAGUCACUCUAUUCAAUUGGGAAGAUAUCAACUUUGAAGAUUGGUUUGCUGCAAUUGAAAUGAAAGUAGCCUAUCCUGGUUAUGAGAAUAUUUACUCAUUCAAUGCAACGAAGCUUCCGCAAGUCAAAAACACCAUCUUCUUCCAAGGGUUAGAAGGUUUGGCUUACUUAAUGGGAGAGGUAAAUGGAACAAACCCACUAACUGAUCCACGAGUGCCCGGUAAACAACAAUCAGUGAUCUCAUUUCGAAAGAAGCACACACCAGGAAUAAACAUAGUGAAAGGAGAUGGAUUCCCAUCAAAGGUGUAUUUCAACGGUGAAGAAUGUUCACUUCCUAAAGUUUUCCCUACGGGAGCUGCUCACAAAUCUCAUAUUAAUCUUCUUCCCGUAAUUUUCCUCACUAUUAUCACUUUUGUGCUGAUGACGGAUCAUUUAAGCUGAUGAUGAUCAUUUCAGGACAUUUAUUAUUACUUUGAUGACUACGACUUUUGGCUCUGCCCAUAUGGGUUCAAUUUUAUUUGCAAACGUAGAUUACUCCUCGUGACUUUGUAGGGAUACUAGCUUUUGCACUUAUAUUUUUAUAGUUUGGAUACAAGUUCAUACUUCAUACCACCUGACAAAUCUAAACUUCAUUUUAAUGGAUAGUUUUGUUUUAUAUUCA